CAAAGCUUGCAGAGAUGAAUUGACUGUGGUCCGUACAGAGUACUUUCUAGUAUCAUCUUGACGCCAUGGCAAACUAAGGCUAAAUCACAGACGAUGAGGAAUGGCCACGCAAAGGCCAUUUGGGGGGCAAACAGGCUGCAUCCCAAGCUUGCUUGGCCUGAACGUCAUCCGGAGGGGCUCUAUUGAUUUAUUUUAUUUUAUUUUUUGGGCAGUUCGUAUGUUUAUAAAAGCCUCGCUUUUUAUACUUGAAGACCCCAUAAUUACCUUUUUGCUCGUUUUCAUAUUCUUCUAGGGAACUGCAGCAAGCGAUGGCCGAGAUGCACGACUAUUCAACUAAAGAAGCCAUAACUAUCCGUUCCGCCUCGGAACCUGUGUCUGAGCUCUCCGAUGAGGUUCUGUCUCAAGAGGAUUCCCAGCUGCCCCCUGUCGACAGAGGGGUCGGAGCUUGGAUGUUCCUGGUUGCAGCCUUUGUGAUUGAAGGUCUUGUCUGGGGCUAUGCCUCCUCCUUCGGGGUGUUCCAAGAAUACUAUCAAACCCAUGCACCUUUUGAAGGUUCCGGAAGCAUCGCAAUUAUCGGAACCUGCGCGACAGGUCUCGCGUAUUUCCUCACGCCCUUCGUUAUUGGCCUUAUGAUUGCAUGGCCACGGAUACAAUGCUGGUUAUCGACAAUUGGGAUGGUGGUGAUGAGCUUGUCGCUCGCUGCUAGCUCAUACGCAACGAACGUCACGCAUUUAGCAAUGUCUCAGGGUGUGUUAUACGGAAUCGGAGGAUGUCUGGCCUUUACACCGGCUAUCAUCUUUACAACCGAAUGGUUUGUCAAACGAAGGGGGUUCGCAUUCGGACUGGUCUGGGGUGGCUCUGGACUUACUGGAAUGGUUUUCCCAAUUGCCAUACAGGCUUUGCUGGAUCGAUACGGAUGGGAAACCACGCUCCGCGUUUCCUCAGUGGGCCUAUUUCUUCUAGGUGGUCCGUUUCUCUUCUUCCUAAAGCCUCGCAUUCCGACGCGUACAUCGACCCGGCGUAGCUUGAAUCUCAAGUUUCAGUUCAACCGGGUGUACAUCAUUUACCAGCUGGCGAACAUCAUUGAGGCACUCGGGUAUUUCCUCCCGGCUGUCUUUCUUCCCUCACACGCCGCUGCGAUUGGAACUCACGGUAUCCUGGCAUCGCUCACUGUGGUGCUUUUCAACUUUACCACCGUCAUCGGCUGCGCCAUUAUGGGGUACAUGACUGACCGCUAUCACGUCACAAACUGCAUCAUGAUAUCGACCAUUGGGGCAGUAAUCUCCGUGUUCCUCGUCUGGGGACUGUCUGUUAAUAUUGGUGUGCUGUUCCUCUUUUCCUCUCUGUAUGGACUCUUUGCUGGGGCAUUCUCGUCGACAUGGUCCGUCGUUGCACGUGAGGUGGAAAAGACGGAGCCAUCGGCAGACCUCAGCAUGGUCUUUUCUUUCCUCGAGGCCGGCCGCGGUAUCGGGAAUAUCCUCAGCGGGCCGUUGAGCUCCGCCCUUAUCAACGGGCAUCCGUGGCAGGGGACGGUUGGAGGAGCUUAUGGCAGUGGAUACGGUGUGCUUAUUGUUUUUACCGGACUUACGGCUUUGCUGGGAGGAUUCAGCCUCUUUGCUAGAAUGGUCAAGUGGGUUUGA